CCUCUGGACAGGUUUUAAUAAAUCUCCCCCAGUGUACCUACCUGGUUUUAAGAUAACAGUGCAAUAAAAAGUGUGUACAUUGAACAGGCACUAGCCAUGUAAAGCCACUUUAUGUAUAUAUUCUUGGUUUAAGUGCACACACAGUAUACCUACUUGGUUGUAAAAUAACAACGCACUUUAAAGUGAGUUUAUUGAACACUCAUUAGCCAUCUAAUAUGCAUAAGUGUAUAUGUUCUGGGUUUAUUCGCAAACAAAGUAUUUAAAACUGGUUGUAAGAUAAUAACACAGUUCAAAGCAUUGAAAGUGAAAGUUGACUAGCAGAAAAGUGGCUUUGGUUGGACAAUACACUAAUAGACUUUGUGAACUGGAAUAAUGAAGGAUCCAAAGAAGACAUGUCUUGUGUGAUGAUGCAUGGCAAAAAAGGAACAUGGACGACUACAUGGUGUUUUAGUUACAAAGGGUACAUAUGUAAGGCAAUGAAAACUCCACUGCCCACAGAAAAGACAACAGAGAAGCCAGAAGAAAAGCCCUCACAUGGCCUGACCAUUGGUGUGGUUGUCCUACUUGUUAUUGCUGCCUCGGCCAUUGCAGUCUUCUUUGCAUAUAGAAGGAAAUGGAACAAGUCACAACCAGAAAUUGGUCUUGAUAACAGAAUAUACCUGGACAGUAACUGUGAAGACGGGACACAAGAUGCAAGCGUUCUAAUUGAAAACAUUGAGCAAAACGAAAAUGCUAAAUCUAUAUAAAUAUAAUCCAACCAUAACUGUACAAUAACAUCCAGGCUCAUAUACAAUACCAUCCAAAAGGAAUAUAUAUCACUGGUCUACAAGACGUUCCAUACAAUUAAAACAUGGUCUAAAUAAAUAAAGAUCACAGAAAGCGAGUUUAUGUAAAAUUGUAAAGUG